AUACGAGGCAUCGGUGUGAUACUGUAGCUAGCAUAAAAUCUAAUUGCCUAGCUUCAGAUAUCCAGAAUCCGUUAACACAGCCGCCAGUGUACAUAAUGAACAAGCCGGUGCAAGAUAAAGUAAACAAUGUAGGUCCUAUUCAAGUUAGUCCACAGGAAAUCCGUCUGUUAAUAAGACCAGGUCAACCAGCAUAUGUAAACAUCACAGUCCGUCCAUCGAGAGACUACCCCGUGGACAUGUACUUUGUGAUGGACCUUUCAUAUUCUAUGAGUGACGAUCUAGAAACUAUGAAAAAUGCUAUAGAAGAUUUAGCCAAUGCUAUGCGAAUGAUCACAACUGAUUUUCAGCUUGGAUUCGGAUCAUUUGUCGACAAAACUGUAUCUCCAUUUAUAAGAUCAGUAUAUUUACAAAAUGAUAAUCCCUGUAUAUACUUAACCAGUGUUGCAAAUGAUGUUUGUGAUAAACCAUAUGGCUUUAGGAAUAUUUUCCCUCUCUCCCAAGAAACCAAUACAUUCCAGACUUUACUUGCUGGUAUAACGAAAUCACUCAGUGCUGACAGACCAGAAGGUGGCCUAGAUGGUCUUAUGCAAGCCACAGUCUGCAAACAACAAAUUGGUUGGCGUGAAGAGGCUCGUCAUUUCAUCAUUUACAUGAGUGACGCAGACUUUCAUAUUGCACUUGAUGGAAAGAUUGGAGGAAUCACUAGGCCAAACGAUGGAAAAUGUUAUUUGGAUGCGAGCGGAUUCUACACAAAAACAAAUCAAAUGGAUUAUCCGUCAAUUGGACAAAUAAGCAGUACAAUGAAAGAACAGAACAUUAUUCCAAUCUUUGCUAUAUCUAAAAGUGACUUCUAUAAUGACAUACCGUUUUAUCAGGAUCUGGUGAACCAAUUUUUUGAAAGUGGAAAAGUAGGAGGAUUAGCACGCGAUUCUUCAAAUAUCAUUGAGUUAGUUAGAGCAAGUUAUGAACAAAUCACAGCAGAGGUUCGGAUGGACGAUACAGCCAAAGACCCAGUCAAAGUAAAAUAUACAGCUUACUGUGGAAGCGAAGUUAUGGCAAAUUCUAAAGAGUGUUUAAGCGUUGCGAGUCAAGAAGCUGUCACGUUUCAGUUGGAAGUUAGCGUCAUAAACCAGAACUGUCUGGCAGGAGCCAGCACAAGUUUCACUGUAAAGCCAGAUGGCUUUAAUGAAGAAGUCUUAAUUCAUGUGGAAACACUCUGUGACUGUAACUGUUUAAAUGAUCCCGGUCCAAGUGAAGAACAGUGCAGUGGAGGCAAUGGUACAAAUGUGUGUGGGGUCUGCAAAUGCAACACCGGAAGAUACGGUGAGCAAUGCGAGUGUAAUCUACUGGAGGGGACUGCUCUCGGAAGUGACGAAUGUAUUGCCUCAUCGGAGACUACAACACCUUGCUCUGGAGAGGGAACAUGCAUUUGCGGCAAAUGUCUUUGUAACGAAGGUUUUACUGGAGAGUUUUGUCAAUGCAGUGAUUUAAAAUGUCCAUUAUACAACGGCCUAACAUGUGGAGGUGAAGGCUAUGGUAGGUGUGAAUGUAAUGAGUGUGCCUGCGAACCUGGAUACACAGGGACAAACUGCAACUGUCCCCCAAAUGAUGCAUGCAUGGCAGCAAAUGGGAAAGAAUGUAACGGCUUUGGAACCUGUAAAUGUGGAAAAUGCACAUGCUUCCAAGAAUCAUCCUACGAUGGACCAACAUGUGAAACAUGCGAUGAAUAUACUUGUCUUCAAACAGUCUGUGAUGAGAAGAUACCCUGCAUUUCUUGUACAGUUUUCAGUGACGGCUCAGAAAAAGACGCAGCAUGUGCAGCCGAAUGUCAAGAACAAUAUGUCUUCAUUGUUGAUUUUAAUAAUGAAAAUAAUACAAAUAACAUUGAUAAGAAUAACGUGUGUGAAUCCACUGACCGUAACAAAUGCGUUGUUCUAUUCACUUAUCUAGUAAAUGAGACUGCAACGUACAUAAUCAUCAACAAUGAUAGAUCUUGUCCAGAUAAAAGUUUAGAACCGCAAGACAUCGUUUUCCUUGUGUUGGGCAUUAUUCUUGGCAUUCUACUGGCUGGAUUAGCUGCUCUGUUCAUUUUGAGGAUGCUAACAUUCAUAUACGACAGGAGAGAGUAUGCCAGAUUUGAGAAAGAACUCAACAAAAGUACAAAAGAAACAGGUGAAAAUCCUUUAUUUAAAUCAUCAACUACAUCCUACCGCAACCCGAUGUACGGACAAUAACAACGUUCUUCUUGACGUUUGCAUUCCUAUUAUAGUGAAUGCGUGCAGUUGGACUAUCCAUCCUGGUAUAGGGCAACCUCCUAAUAGGAAUUUUCUUGUCUUAAUACAUUUCUAAGCAUAUUACUUCACACAUUUGUAUGGUGCUAGGUCUGAGCUUACAACACUUCUUUUGUCAGUGGCAUAACGCCUAUGAGCUCUCGCUUGUUAAAGCCAAGGACCCCGACCUUAGAAGGCCCUGGGAUAUUAAUCAGCAUUAUUUGCCUGGACAAUGGCAAGGAACUUAAAAAAAAACCCAUAAAAAAAGAGCUGGCAGGGGCUUCACCUCAUACUCCACUGGGGUAUGCUGCCCCAGCCCACAGACAUCAGGCCCAUUUGUUAAGCCACUGUUCUUCGUUGUAGCUCGGUGGUCUGCAAUGAUAGGUUUGUACUAGAGGGAACAUAGAUAAUACCUAUCAGCCUUCCAUUUAAUUUUAUCACUAACAUUUUAGUUACUAAUUUUGAUGUUAAGUUAUGUGAAAAGGUUUCUGACAGAUCAAAAUGUGUUAAAGUUAUAUGAAUAGUUUAUGAAUAGUUUUUUGAUGGAUCAAAAUGUAGAUUUUAUUCAAGAGCAUGAUUUCUUUAGCAAGUUAUCUAAUUUUAUCUAAUUUAACAAAUUUUUUAACCAAUAUAAUCAGCAUUCAGCUGUUAAAAUAAAAAAUGUAAGUGCUAUAUUUUUGUAUUUUAAGUAGAAUUGUAUAACUUUAAUGUAAAAUAAAAUACAAAGUUGGACAUAUGCAAUUUCAUUCCAUUGGUUGAAUAUAAAUGUGAGUAUUACAUCCAUAUUUGUUAACAUAAGGUUUCAAAAUGUCUAUCUUUGUAAAGUAGUUGUAAUUAACAUGUAUCAUAAAUAUUACAGUAAUUAAGAUUAUAACAUCAGUAGAUUAUGGAGAUACAGGCCUCCCUCAAAUUAAAGACCACUUUUAGGAUUGGGGUUUCCAUGGACUUUAGCAGCUUUGGUGUCUAAUUAGAAUAAUAAAGAUAAGAGACAUUUGUUGAUUUGGGACCACAGGAAAGUGGUCUUUAAUUGGAGGGAGACCUGUAUUGGAUGGAAGAAAUAAACCAGCAUCUCCCCAAUUUUUUAGUUGACGACCAACAACCUUCAGGAAACAUUAAAAACAGGUACUCAAAAUGGCAUUCAUUGGUAAACAAAAUUGAAGUAAAAUUUGUAAAUGAUACUUAGAAUGUGCUAUCUUUACUAUCAGCAAAUUUAGCAUGAUAUAUUAUAUAUAAUUAAAUUUCGAAGUCUCACGACCCCUUAAUUAAUUAAACCGGUAGUUUUAGAAAUGAUGAAAUAAAUGAUUACAUGCAGGGUUGAAAAAAGUAAGCAACUGAGCAAUUAGCCAGAGGCAUUGCCCUGGAGGCCAUUUUGUUUACCCCAGACAACCACUGCUGGGCUAUAUAGUGUCUAGAUGUAUUACAUAUUUCACCAGGGGAAUGUUUAGUGUACAGUUAAUAUCUUCGUAUCUUUUUUUUCUUUUUUUCUACAACGAAAAAUAUUUUUUAAUGAGCUAAAAAUGCUGGAAUAGGCCUAUAUUGCUGGACGGUAGGCAGUGCGACAGUGUUAUUCGAUCAUUUUGCUCUUCAACAUAAAUUUAAAAAUGGUCUUUGUUGUAUUUUUGUGGAUUUUCUACUUUUUAGGCACUACUAAAUCUACUAAACACAUUAUUGGUUAAAAAAAAAAAAUUUCCUACCGACCUUUUAUCUUUUGAUAAUUGGAAGCAAACCAUGGGUAAUCAUAAAUAUGAAUCAUGAAUAAUAUUUAUUCAAACAUCAAUUAAGAAUAAACUCUAUAAAUGCCUCAUAUAAACAUCUCUAAUAAAUGUUCAAAGACAUGCAUUUUUUAUUUUUUUAAAUCACCUCUAAAAAUAAAUGUCCCUAAAAAUCUUCUUGUAUAAUGCUUUAGCUUGUAUUUGAAUGAAUAUGGUAUGUUGUGACAAAAAAACGUAAACGAUGGGGGUAUAAAAACAACACUGUGUAUAUUGUUCUCAUGACUUUACGCAAAUCCAUGGUGUUGAUAGGUGGAGCUGGUUUGAACCUAACUGUAUAAACUGUAGUCUUUCUUAAUGCACUACAACAUAUUGGAAGAACAUCCAUAGUGCAAAAUUAAACCUUCCCAUCCAGUUUUUUUGUCAGUUUAACAGGUUAAUUAUCAUAAUCAUAGAAUACAAACUCCGCUGAUUUGUGUAAUUUUUUCCACCAGUAAGAAGUGAUUAUGGAAAUGUACACUGAAAUUGUUCUAUUGCAAGAUAAUUUCUUGUAAAUUUUUUAGAGUAAAAUAUUGAUAAACCUAUUAAUAAUUAUAAAUUAUGUAAAUUUAUGAUUAAAAUAAACUAUUAAACCAGUAAAA